AUGGGAGACGUGAAUCUGUCCACUGCGACGGGAGACCAAGCCCAAUCUAGACUAGCGCAAUCACCCGCUAAUUUGAAACGCCCAAAACCUCCAUCAGAUCAAUGCGGCCAACCUGAGGCCGCCUCUCCACCACAGUACCGCGCAGUUGUACCUCCGCUCCCACUUGUGCCUCUUUCUCUCUCUCUCUUUUCGCUGGGCGUCUCUCUGCCUUUCCUUCACCGCGUACCCAUCACCCCCUUGCUCCUGCUGCCAAUACCUUACUCUAGGGGCCCAGGCAAUCAGCAGAGCACGGGCGACGAGACACUGUACCACAUUGGACCGCAACAGCAACUGGAGCUAGGAACUGGGGACUGGAAACCCGACCUGGCUGGCCUGACCUGGAUCUUUCCCAAGCACCCAAGCAAGUUGAAGCAACCACAGAGACUCAGGCGCUUCCACACUCUGUAUCCUCAGAUCCUAAGGGAGGAUCAAGGACCGGACAGGGGUCAAAAAGGCAACUUGUUUCGCCCCGAUAGCCCGCAUCGCUCCGCACCGCUCCGCAACUUCGACUCGUCGACUCGAAAAACAGACCCGCCCAACCAGCCCAACCUCCCUCCUCCACCGACUCUCGGCGCCGGCACUUCUGUCUCACACACACAUACUGCCUUCUAUCUCUCUCUCUCGCAUACGCACACGCAAACCCCGUACACGAAGACGUCCCUAUUCCUCCUCGUUAUCCGCCUGUUCCAAGUCCGGACCACGAACCGCUUCAUCGAUCCUCCACCGCCUCGCCCCUCGGUCCUCGCACGAUCCCCGAUCCUCUUCGUUGCCGUCGUCGUUGACGUCAUGGCUCAUGCUCCUCUCCUAAGAACAAACACGGCUCCUGUAUUCCAGCAAUCCAACGGAAUCGGCGGCCUACCCAAUACCAUGAGUAAUGCGCCCCGCGCCAGCCAGCUUUCCGGCUCGACAGCGUACACAUCCUCUGGCUCUUUCGCCUCCUUCAACAGCGCAUCCACGGUGACGCCCCCGCAAAAUGGAGGUCCCGUUCAGGCUACGGCCAACAUCAUCAACCAAAAGGCCGAUGCCUCGCGGUCCCUUUACCAGAUUUGCAUGUCGUUGAAGCAGCGAUUAUCACAGGUACCUGGCUUCGACCCCUAUCUGCAAGAGCUCGACCCCAACGACCCUGUCGAAUCACUGUGGGCCCUGUUCCGCACCGGUUAUCCGCUACUCGACAUUUACAACGCCCUGCAACCAGAGAAGCCCCUCGAGAUCGAAGGCGCAAACGCCAGUGCCAGCGACAGCAAAAAGGCAAAAAUUGCCCUCUUCAAAUUCAUUCAGGCGUGUCUAAAGGAUUUGGGUAUACCCUCGGCGGAAUGCUUCGUCAUCAGCGACGUACUAGGAAAUGACACGACUGGUUUUGUCAAGACAACUCAAGUCGUCAACUACGUUCUCGAUAUCGCUGAGCAACGGGGUCUCUUGUUGCAACUCCAGCCUUAUCCCGAAGAUGAUCUUCCUAUGGAACCAGGCUCCAAGCUGAGCUACCGGGAUCAUAUCGUGAAGGAACUGGUAGACACGGAGCGAAAAUACGUCCAAGAUUUGGAGAACCUCUACGACCUGAAAAGUAGCUUGGAGACUAAGGGAAUAAUCACUGGCGACACCAUUCAUCAGAUUUUCCUCAACAUCAACGCUAUCCUGGAUUUCCAACGCCGUUUCCUGAUCCGUGUCGAGACGACAAACUCCAUGCCCAAGACUGUACAGCAUUGGGGUGCUCCAUUUGUCACAUACGAAGAUGCAUUCGACAUCUACCGUCCCUUCAUCGCCAAUCAGCGCAAAGCAGCCCAAGUCGCCAAUCAAGUCUUUGACCAGAUCAAAGCGAGCGGGCAUCCCGUGGCCGCAGACUUCAACACUUUGGAUGGCUUCCUCCUCAAGCCCAUGCAGCGUCUCGUCAAGUACCCUCUGUUGUUGAAGGACUUGAUGAAAAAGAGCGAGGACGAGGAUAUUAAGGCCGAUCUGGCAGGCGGUAUCGAGUCCGCAGAACGAGUUUUGUCAAAGGCCAACGAAGAAGUCAACCGAGAUCUGUUGGACGAGGCUCUGGACGACUUGCGAAACCGCGUCGACGACUGGAAGAAUCAUCGCGUGGAGCAGUUCGGCAGGCUGCUGAUGCAUGGUGUUUACACUGUCGUCACAGGGAAGAGCGAGCAAGAAAAGGACUACGAGAUUUAUCUCUUCGAAUGCAUACUACUUUGCUGCAAGGAAAUCUCGGCGAACAAGAGCAGGGACAAGAAGGAUAAGACUAGGUCUACAGGGCCCAAGAUCAGGAACAAGAAUGCGAGACUUCAGUUGAAGGGCAGGAUCUUCAUGACGAACGUUACUGACAUCGUCUCCCUCGCAAAGCCUGGAUCCUACAUUGUCCAAAUCUGGUGGAAAGGCGAUCCUGGCGUGGAGAACUUCAUGAUCAAGUACACCAAUGAGGAGCAGAUGAAGAAAUGGGCAGUCGCCCUUGAGGCGCAACGUAAGGAGAACACGCCCAACAAAUCUGCUACGAGUCCCGACUCGGCGGCACCCGACUUUGCCUGGACACGAGAAAACGCUGGCAAGCUCGAGAACCCGUAUCUUAACCAGCAAGACGAUGACGAUGACGAGGAACUGUGGCCACCAGCCUCUGCCCCUGCCCAGUUUCCCAUGCCGACUCAGUCUACAGGAGGCAGCAUGUUGCCUCGCAACGCAUCGAGCACAAGCCUGCGGCAACGCGCCGCAACUAAUGAGAGCCUUGCCGGUAUGGUGAGGGCUCCGCCUCCUAGAUUCCCUCUGCCGCAACCACCGGCGCCUCUCAGUCUUUCGACCCAGGUGCCUGCUCCGGGUGCCUCUUCACCUGGUGCCCGCGGCGGCGACUCUUACUUUUCACCCGUAGCCGAUUCGCCUGUUUCCUCGCGCACGAGCACCGCCAGCAAUAUGUUCCCUAAUCCAGCAUAUCAAUUCCCCAAGUCGCUGACCCCUCAGCCUGGGUGGGAAGAUCCCAAUCAGAGAUACACGGCCCCCGCAAUGCCUCGAGCUCCUUCGAGAGAUGGUUCUUCGCAGCACAGGAAUCCUCGCGGACCGUCUUUGCCGGCAAUGGCUUCCAACAGUCAGACUGCAGCACAGCAGCAGCGCAGCAGAUCGUACAGCACUCCUGAUAUCAACGCCCCCGGGAACAUUCGUCGCACUCAAGGGGGCACUCCUGUUCCGGCGGUGCCUGGCAUCCCGGCGCAUCUACACCCAGCCCACGACCAGAAUAUCCCGCGGUCGCAGACCGGCUCGCCCAGGGUAAAUGACGUUCCCAUCAGAUCAAACACGCAGAGCCCGGGCGCUCAGCGAGAACGCCAGUACGGCCACCAGCAAUCUGGAAGUUACGGUGGCACCAUGUCCCAGUUCCCCGCUCAGCCAAUCUAUCCCCGCCAGGGAACGCCAAACUCUGUCCAUGACCGGCAGCUCAGCAUUGAUGCGGCUGCGUCUAUGAAUGCCAUGUUGUCUCCUCCCCUUGGCACUGGCGGGAUCAGCGGAUCUCAGUCAAACCCGCUUGCCAGCCCCGACCUACCGAUUCCCACGCAGUUGAAGGUCAAGGUGAACUUUGUCGACAGCGGCAACUACGUCACACUGGUUGUUGCAUUCAACAUCACAUACCAGUCUUUAAUUGACCGCAUCGACGCCAAACUUGCGCGGUUCACCAACAGCAGUAUCAGCAAGGGCAUGCUUAAGCUCCGAUACCAGGACGAGGAUGGCGACUUUGUCACUAUUGCCAGUGACGAUGACAUUCAGAUCGCCUUUAUCGAAUGGCGCGAGGGAGCCCGCGCCACUGCGCCGGGAGGGGUAGGCGAGAUUGAGCUGUUCUGCGUUGGAGAAACGGCCUAA